UCUCAAAGCUCAAGACUUCCUUUCCCUGUUAAAAUAUCUUCUUGUAAAAUGUUAUAUAAAACAGCUAGAGCACACAAACUCUUAUUCAUGUUCAUGUUUUUAUUAAUACUAAAUUUUAGCUUGUCUCAGGGUGACGAACUCCAGCUGCUCUUAUCCUUCAAGUCUUCAAUCAAUGAUCCAUCUGGCUUCCUCUCCAACUGGAACUCCUCCAUCCCGUUGUGCAUGUGGCAUGGAAUCACUUGCAAUAAUUUUUCUAGGAUUAAGGUAAUUGAGCUCACUGACAAAAAUAUUUCUGGGACAAUUUCAUCUUCAAUCUUUCAUUUGUCAGAGAUUGAGACUAUCAAUCUUUCGAAUAAUCAAUUAUCUGGUCAAAUUCCCAAUGAUUUGGUUUCUUCUGUAUCACUUCGAUAUCUUUAUCUUGGUUACAACAAUUUGACUGGUACAAUUCCAAACUGUUCAAUUUCAUUGGAAAUAUUGGCUCUUUGGAAUAACAGCCUUUCAGGGAAAAUUCCACCACAAAUUGGAGCAUGUUCAAAUUUGAAAGUACUUAUUCUUGGUUACAAUUAUUUGGUGGGGAGAAUUCCAAGUUCCAUAUCAAAUAUCAGCAGUUUGCUAAUCUUAAGUCUUGAUUGUAACGAAUUGAUUGGCCAAAUUCCUCGUGCAUUUAGCAAACUGAAGAGCCUGGUGUGGAUUAACUUUGGCGUUAACCACCUUUCUGGCAAAAUUCCACAAGAAUUUGUUGAUUUAGUUUCUUUGAUUUCUCUUGAUCUUGCCUACAACAAUUUCAGUGGACAAAUUCCUUCCUCGCUUGGAAACCUCACCAAUCUUGAAUACCUCUCCCUAUUUAACAACAAUCUCAACGGACAAAUUCCAUCUUCAUUCGGAAACCUCACCAAUAUUAAAACUCUUUACCUCUACAACAACAAUCUCAAUGGACAAAUUCCAUCCUCACUUGGAAACCUCACCAAUCUUCAAUAUCUCUACCUCUAUAGAAACAAGCUUACAGGUUUGCUUCCUAGAUCCUUUUUUGGCCUCAAAAAGCUUAUUCACCUUGAUCUUAGCGAGAAUCAUUUAUUUGGUGAGAUCCCAGAACUCAUAAUUGAAUUGCAGAGCUUAGAGGGUCUUCAACUUUUCUCCAACGACUUUACGGGUAAAAUUCCAAAUGCUCUAGCAUCUUUGCCUUAUCUUCGAAGGUUUAGUAUUUACUCGAACAACUUGAUGGGAAAAAUUUCUUCUUUGAUCUGCAAUAUAACUUCUAUUGAAGUUCUUGAUCUAUCUUAUAACAACUUAAGUGGAACCAUUCCACCAUGUCUGGGAAACUUCAGCAAAGGUCUUUCAAUCUUAGAUUUGCAGAUGAAUAGUUUUCGUGAAACCAUCCCUGAAACUUUUGGUGAGGACUGUGGGUUGAGGUAUCUCAGCUUCAACGGUAAUAAAUUAGAGGGUUCUUUACCACGAUCCAUGGCCAAUUGUAGAAAGCUGGAAGUGAUGGAUAUUGGUGGCAACAAGUUAAAUGGCACAUUCCCCCAUUGGCUAGAUACCCUGCAAGAAUUACAAGUUCUUGUUUUACGGUCAAAUAAAUUGCGUGGUGUGUUACAAAGUUCCAAGACUAUCUAUCCUUUUCCCAAGUUACGGAUUCUUGACCUUGCUAACAAUGAAUUCACAGGUCCUUUACCCAAAGGUAUAAUAAAAAACAUGAAGGCCAUGAUGAAUCUCAAUGAACAACAAGGUUCUUUGCAAUAUAUGCAUGGAGAAUAUUAUAAUUAUUAUGUCAAUUUGACAGUGAAGGGAUUUUACAUUGAACUUAAGAUCUUGUCAACAUUCACAAGCAUAGACCUCUCAAAUAAUAACUUUGAUGGACUGAUUCCAAGUGCAAUUGGAAAGCUUUAUUCACUUAUAGGGCUCAAUCUUUCUCAUAACAGCCUUAGUGGUCAUAUCCCUGUAUCAAUGGGAAAUUUGACCAAUCUUGAAUGGUUAGACCUCUCUUCAAACAAGCUCACCCGUCAAAUUCCCUAUCAAUUGAAAGAUAUGACAUUUCUUGCUUUCUUAAAUCUUUCAUAUAACCAACUCACAGGACCAAUUCCUCAAGGCAAACAGUUCAGUACAUUUGAAAAUGGCUCAUACAAAGGAAACUUGGCACUAUGCGGCUUUCCAUUGUCAAAGUCUUGCAACAACGAUGGGAGAAAACAAUCAUCUCCAUCAUUCUUGAAAGAGGCAGAUGACUCAGAGACCAAGAUCAGUUUUGGCUGGAAAGUUGUGUUGAUGGGCUAUGGAUGCGGACUGAUAUUUGGAGUCGUUAUUGGAUAUGUUACAUUCAGAAAUGGUGAACCAAAAUGGUUUGUGACAUUGUAUGGAGUCAAAUAUCAUCGAAAGGGAAGAUGUUCACGGAACUAG